AUGAGAAGUGAAGCGCACAUAUCAGGAACCAUCAUCCACACUGUUCCACCAUCCACACUGUUCCACCAUCCACACUGUUCCAUCAUCCACACUGUUCCAUCAUCAUCUACACUGUUCCACCAUCAUCCACACUGUUCCACUGUUCCACACUGUUCCAUCAUCCACACUGUUCCACCAUCCACACACUGUUCCACCAUCAUCCACACUGUUCCAUCAUCCACACUGUUCCAGCAUCCACACUGUUCCACCAUCCACACUGUUCCAUCAUCCACACUGUUCCACCAUCCACACUGUUCCAUCAUCCACACUGUUCCACCAUCCACACUGUUCCAUCAUCCACACUGUUCCACCAUCCACACUGUUCCAUCAUCCACACUGUUCCAUCAUCCACACUGUUCCAUCAUCCACACUGUUCCACCAUCAUCCACACUGUUCCAUCAUCCACACUGUUCCACCAUCCACACUGUUCCAUCAUCCACACUGUUCCACCAUCCACACUGUUCCAUCAUCCACACUGUUCCACCAUCCACACUGUUCCAUCAUCCACACUGUUCCACCAUCAUCUACACUGUUCCAUCAUCUACACUGUUCCACCAUCAUCCACACUGUUCCACCAUCAUCCACAUUGUUCCAUCAUCCACACUGUUCCACCAUCCACACUGUUCCACCAUCAUCUACACUGUUCCACCAUCAUCUACACUGUUCCACCAUCAUCCACACUGUUCCAUCAUCAGCCUCACUGUUCCAUCAUCCACACUGUUCCAUCAUCCACACUGUUCCACCAUCAUCCACACUGUUCCAUCAUCCACACUGUUCCACCAUCUACACUGUUCCACCAUCCACACUGUUCCAUCAUCCACACUGUUCCACCAUCAUCUACACUGUUCCACCAUCAUCCACACUGUUCCAUCAUCCACACUGUUCCAUCAUCCACACUGUUCCACCAUCAUCCACACUGUUCCACCAUCAUCCACACUGUUCCAUCAUCCACACUGUUCCAGCAUCCACACUGUUCCACCAUCAUCCACACUGUUCCACCAUCAUCCACACUGUUCCAUCAUUCACACUGUUCCACCAUCAGCCACACUGUUCCACCAUCAUCCACACUGUUCCACCAUCCACAUUACUCAACCAUCCACACUGUCCCAUCAUCCACACUGUUCCACCAUCCACACUGUUCCACCAUCCACAAAUGUUCCACUAUCCACACUGUUCCAUCAUCCACACUGUUCCAUCAUCCACACUGUUCCACCAUCCACACUGUUUCUUGUGGGAGGUGAAUAG